AGAGGGGCGGCCAUGGCGGGCCGGGCUGAGGGCUGCGCUGAGGCGCGGGGCCCGUCGGUGGCCUUCCUGCACCCGGACCUGGGCCUGGGCGGCGCGGAGCGGCUGGUGGUGGACGCGGCGGUGGCGCUGGCGUCGCGGGGCUGCCGCGUGCAGGUGUGGACGCCCCGCUACGACCCGGCGCGCUGCUUCUCGGAGACGCGCGGGCUGGACGUGCGCACGGCGGGCGGCUGGCUGCCCCGGAGCGUCCUGGGAAGGGGCCACGCGCUCUGCGCCGCCCUCCGCAUGGCCUGCCUGGCCCUCAGCCUCCUGCUGCUCAGCGGGGAGGAGGUCGACGUCUUCGUCUGCGACCAGGUGAGGGCGGGGGGGGGUCGGACUAGAUGCCCCUUGGGGGGCCCGGCCCCACCAUUCCUGGAUCCGGUAUACACUCAGAAGAGCCGGCCCAAGACGUUCCAUAGGAUCACAGGAGGGUAGACAGGGCCGGAUUUACGUAUAAGCCCAAACAAGCUGUAGUUUAGGGCCCCACUGUCAUGGGCCCCCCAAAAACAUUUAAAGGGGAGAAAACUGGAUGUACAUUUCCAAAAUAUAAGAUUAAAAACAAAUAAAAUAAAACCUACAUACAGCAACAGUGUUUUGUGCUGUGUAGGCUCCUAUGAUGUACUGUAUUUUUCGCUCUAUAAGACGCACCAGACCACAAGAUGCACCUAGUUUUUGGAAGAGGUAAACAAACAAAAAAAUAUUCUGAAUCCCAGAAGCCAGAACAGCAAGAGGGAUUGCUGUGCAGCGAAAGCAGCGAUCCCUCUUGCUGUUCUGGCUUCUGGGAUAGCUGCGCAGCCUGCAUUCGCUCCAUAAGACGCACACACAUUUCCCCUUACUUUUUAGGAGGGAAAAAGUGAGUCUUAUAGAGCAAAAAAUACGGUAAGUAAUGGGUCUCACCUGCUAGCCUGCUCCCUCAAAUAUCACAUAUAAAGGGUCCCAUUACCUUCAGUAGCUUAGGGCCUCAUCAAACCUAAAUCUGGCCUUGAUUGUAGAUUUGGAAGGGACCACAAGAGUUCUCCAGUACAGGCGUGACCAACAGGUAGAUCAUGAUCUCCCAGUAGAUCACGGACAUCUGUGGUAGAUCACUGGCUCCCCCCAAAGAAGCUCAACAAGUUUGGCUCCUCUAAAAAAAGCUAAACAUUUUUGCCCAGAACCCCAAAAAAGGGGGUAGAUACUGCCAGUCUUUAACUCUUCUUUUUCAGUGUAUCUGAAGAAGUGUGCAUGCACACGAAAGCUUAUACCGAGAACAAACUUAGUUGGUCUCUAAGGUGCUACUGCACAGUUUUUUAUAUAUAUUUCGACUGCAUCAGACCAACACAGCUACCUACCUGAGUCUUUAACUCUGAGUAGAUCGCAGUCUCUUGGGAGUUGGCCACCUCUGCCUAGUACAACCCCCUGCAAUGCAGGAAUCUUUUGCCCGACUUGGGGCUUGAACCCACAACCUUGAGAUUGAGAGUCUCGUGGUCUACCAACUGAGCUAUCAUUUUUCUGAGGCGAAUUAGGAAAUCUCUGCGCUCCCCCCACGCCCCCCCCCCCCCGGUCAGGGAAGAAGGAGUGAGGAAAGCACUGCAUCAGGAAUGAGAGGGAAAGGAACAUCUUCUGCCUCUGUGGACCCUGCCUCAUGAGUGGGCCACUGCAUAAGCCUUGGUUUUUGUUUUAUUAUGUAUUUUGCAUUGUCCUUUUGUUGUUUGCUAUCGUGAACCGGCCUGGGAUCUUCGGAUGAAGGGUGGUACACAAAUUUAAUAAGUGCCCAUUGAUGGUAAUGGGGCCUUCUCACAGGAAAGUGUGCUUAAAAAACGCAUGCUGCUUGCAACAAAGAAAGUGAAGAGGGGGAAAUCUGCUUAUAAUCAGGGGUGGUAAGUGUUACUCUAUCUGUGGUUGCUACCAUGCAAGCGGCUGUCAAGGAGCCAGAGACAAAAGUUCUAGAAAGAUGGGGCAUCUUGCUGUCCCACCAGCCCAGACGGAAGGAACAUCCUGAAGGGUCCCUGGCCAUUAUCAUCUCAUUCACUCCUUUUCCAAACAAGGGAAGGAAAGCACCUAAAACAUUACACACACACUAAGCCAGGCUUCUUGCAUUCCAGCUGCUUCCUUCAGCUGCAAUUUGCAGCAAAGUCAUAUUUUCUUACCUCUGAGAAGAGAUGAAAAGGAAUACUAGGAACAAAUGCAUUAUGCCACAGGUUGGUAACACCAUUUGACACUAGACAUUCUGGAUUAUGCUGACACUGCUGAUUAAACAUCUAGUGUAGAGAACAUUCCUUUGGGUUGUUCAAGAUAAAACACAGCUAAACGUAACAAUUGGGCAAGCAUAAGAGGCACUGUUAUUCAGUAUAGCAGUUUCCUUUCUUAGGCGUAUUUCUUUGUUUUUCUAGGUAUCUGCAUGCAUUCCAUUUCUCCGUCUUGCCCGCAUCCGUAAGAAGAUUUUGUUUUACUGUCACUUCCCUGAUCAGCUUCUGACCAAGAGGGAAUCGUUUCUUAAACGUAUCUACAGAGCUCCACUGGACUGGUUGGAAGAGUAUACUACUGGCAUGGCAGACUGUAUUCUUGUCAACAGCUUUUUCACAGCCGGUGUUUUCAAAGAAACCUUCAAAUCCUUAUCUCACAUAAAUCCAGAUGUCUUGUACCCUUCUUUGAAUGUCAACGUGUUUGAUACGGUUAUUCCUGAAGAUGUAGCUAACAUAGUUCCCAACAGGAAGAGAUUCUUGUUUCUUUCCAUCAAUAGGUAUGAAAGGAAGAAGAAUCUAGUAUUGGCAUUAGAGGCUUUGCAUGACCUUCGGGGUAAACUUGAUGCUCAGGAGUGGAAGGAUGUUCACUUGGUUUUGGCUGGUGGUUAUGAUGAAGCAGUUCAAGAAAACGUGGACUAUUAUGAAGAACUGAAAGCAGUUGCUGCCAAGCUUCGCAUUGAUGAGCAGAUCACAUUCUUAAGAUCUUUCUCUGAUGCACAGAAGAUAGCUCUUCUUAGUAACUGCACGUGUGUGCUGUAUACACCAGGUAACGAACACUUUGGCAUAGUUCCUUUAGAAGCUAUGUACAUGAGAUGCCCAGUCAUCGCAGUAAAUUCAGGGGGACCUUUGGAAUCGGUUGUAAACAAUAAGACAGGUUUCUUGUGUGAUCCUCUUCCAACCCAGUUUUCAGAAGCCAUGGAGAAAUUCGUGAAAGACCCUGCUUUGAAGAAGACAAUGGGAGCUGCUGGGAGAACUAGAGUUCUAGAAAAGUUUUCACUGGAAGCAUUCACUGAAAAGCUGUAUCAAUACGUUCAUAGCUUAGCACAAUAAAAUCAAGCUCCAUAAUGUGACAUUGGUUUUUUAAUGCUGGGUUUUCUAUUACACCCAUGGACUAACAUCCCAAAAGAUUAUUAAUGUGAUUCUUCUGACUCUGUGUUGGACCACCACUUUAGACUGAAUCUGGCAUAUAACAAACUACUCUGAUAGUGAACUUGUCUCUUGAUAUUUUUUAUACUUUGUCUUGCACUAUGUGCUGCAAAAUAAUAAAAUGAAGAUUAAAAAAUCA